AUGGGCGUCCUCUACAAAUGCCGCUUUAUAAUUUUUACUAAACGCGCGUUUCUGGACUCCUUGAUAGACAUCACCAACAACAAUAGCUUCCAUCACAAUUUGUGGUUUCUUUCGGACUCCACCGUUACAACAUCGCACCACAGCACUAGCCUUGAGCCACCACCACACUGCCUUCGCAACAGCCCAGAACCACCACUACACCCCCCACAGGUCUUUCAACAAACCCUAAAAAGUCGCAAUCAGUUGUCGCUUUACAGAUUUAAGAGUCUUGGUUGUCGUGGAUAUUGUCGAUGUUUCCUCUUCUACUAUCAACUCUCUCAGUUUUCGCUGUUGGUAUUGGUGGUGCGACGGCGUGGGUUGCCAGUGGCGGUGACUGGAGUCGUUGUGGUCUUCAAGUCUCGCAAAUCGAUUGCAUCAUCACAGUUCAGUUUUACCGCUAUUAGUUCCGAUCAAUUUAGUCUACGUAACGUCGGUCACCACCAUGGUCCAAGCCACCGUCGCUCUCCACCACCGAUUGUCUCUACAGGUCAAUUAACGUCUAUUAUUUUAAAUUACGAUGCCUUAAAGAAGAAGAACGCUUCCAAAAGACAUCAUCCCCGGGGACAGCGGGUUUCAUUUCCAGACUUGCUUUUUGAUUUGUUGUAUAUCCCGUGGUCUCUUCCAUCAGGUAUCUUUAUUUGCUCUUAUUUUCAACAUAUAGGAGAUCGUCGUCUAAUCAAACGUCCAAUAAGAGAUGGAAAAGGUGAAUUUCAUAUGGCUUGCCCUCUUCAAGACAGUAGACUGCGUGUCCAUUACAAGGGCAUGCUUCUUGAUGAGAAAAAGACAGUUUUCUAUGAUACAAAAGCUAAUAAUGAUGAGGAACCUUUGGAGUUUUCUUUCGGGGAAGGUCUUGUACCUGAAGGUUUUGAGAUGUGUGUUCGACUGAUGUUGCCUGAAGAGGCCAAAUAA